CGAGAUCAACGUCUAGCCUACACUGGAAAGUUGACGUCUAGUCGAUUUGGAAAGACUUCAAGCAACUAUCUAGCCAGAGGACAUUUGCGUGGAUCAUCUAGACCACGCCUCUAAACAUCUGACGGGGAAGCCCCAGCCGGUAUCUAUCAUUUCACGAUAUAACGGCAGGUCGUGCAUUCUCUCCACUCUCGAUCUCCAUGGACGAAGUUGACGAAGAUUUUGUUCGGAAGCGAGUCGAAGAGGGUAAUAGUCAUGCUGUCAUCAGUGAAGAAUUACAGACGAUGUUUCCAGGACUUCGGGGACUCAGCGAACGAUCUGUUCGACGUUUCUGUACAGACAGAGGCCUAGGUCGACGUUGUUCUCUGACUAAAGAGGAACUAGAACGCCGCGUGUCUGACGCCGUAAGCGAGAAAUUGCAGAGAAGAUCUUCAGUUUUAGAGAUGUCCACAACUUUGAACGACGAACAAAAGAAGACGUACGCUAGUGCCACGAAACUGGAAUUGAUGUCGUCAGAAGUCUCUGAAAUAGCAGUGAUAACGAGCCACCCUCUGAGGGAGCCUCCACUGCUGGACGUUCACAACUCCUGGUCCGACCUCUUCCAUGGAGAGCCAUUGGAGCAACAAAGGAGUUUGAGUUUUUCGACAGAAAGUACGCCAGAAGGCAGACUCAGAGAGGAACGCGGUACCAAGAGUAAACGGAGCUCCAUCUACCAGAACACGUCCGAGAAUGACAUUGUACCAGAAUCGGCUCUAGAAGACUUCUGCUAAUUAUAAUACGUUUGAUUUUAAUACAUGUCAAAGAACAUGGAUAUAUAGAGCUAGAUCAUUCAAAUUUGCUGUUAACAUUGUUGUAUUGCCAAAGUUUGUUGAACUAGAGAA